AUGGCACGAGGCACACUGAGCUUCAACAAGUGGAUCUCUAUCACGGCGCGGGCGACCCGACAAGCAUUGAAGGAGGAUGCACGAGUCAAAGCCGAACGAAGGGGCGAUAUCAGUCUGAGGUACCAAGAAUGGAAGGCCGGUAAAGCAGGCGAACAGGCAAGCCGAGACUCCUCGGAGCUGCGUGGAUUGUGCUCACGACUGCUGGCGUGCAGACUUGGGUCAAGCCGCCGGUGGAAGGACAUUAGACGGUCACUAGGCUCGCAUAAGCCAAUGCAAGGACUGUCGUGCAUUGUAUGCGGACACUGCGCCUCUGUCCGCUUCGAGAGCGUCGCGAGGUAUGAGAUGAAAACAAGAGGAUACAACAUCUGCAGGAAAUACUAUCAGGGCACGGUGUAG